ACAACAGCAGCCACAACAACAACAACAGCUGCAGCCACAACAGCAACCACAACAACGUCGGCGCCUGUGCCAGGCUAGGUGCGCCUUGUGACGCGUGCUGCUGCUGCUGCUACAGCCCCAGCAGCAGAGGGCCAUGGAGACCGGGAAUCCCAGCAAGAAAGUGCGGACUGGAGCUGUCUCCAUUUGGGACAUGCAGCGAGCUACGAAUGUUGUGUAUCAGUCUCACCACGUGAGUCGCACCAAGCGUGGCCAGGUGGUCGGGAACCGUGCCGGGUUCAGGGGAUGCACCAUCUGGCUCACAGGUCUGUCCGGAGCGGGCAAGACGACUCUGGGCUUCGCGCUGGAGGAGUAUCUCGUGGUGCACGACAUUCCCUGCUACUCGCUGGACGGUGACAACGUCCGCCACGGCCUCAACAAGAACCUGGGGUUCACGCCGGGCGAUCGCGAGGAGAACAUUCGGCGCAUCGCAGAAGUGGCCAGGCUAUUUGCUGACGCUGGGCUGGUGUGCAUCACCUCGUUUAUCUCGCCCUACCAGCGGGACCGUGAGAAUGCCCGUAAGAUCCACUCUGACGCUGGGCUGCCGUUCUUUGAGCUCUUUGUGGACGCUCCGCUGGAGGUUUGUGAGCAACGAGACGUGAAAGGCCUCUACAAGAAGGCCAGAGCCGGCGAGAUCAAGGGCUUCACCGGUAUUGACUCUACGUACGACAAGCCGGAGACUCCGGACCUCGUGCUCAAGACGAGCGAAACGACCAUCGACGAAUGUGUCAUGCGGAUAGUGGAGCUCUUGCAGGAGGGGGGUAUAGUUCCCAUGUCUGCCACAGUGGAAGUCAAGGAACUCUUCGCAGCUGAGAACGCCGUCAGCGGCCUGCAGGCCGAGAUGCAAAACCUGCCCACACUGAGCAUCACAGAGUUGGACCUGCAGUGGGUGCAGGUGCUGUCUGAGGGCUGGGCUACGCCUCUGGCUGGCUUCAUGCGUGAGAGGGAGUACUUGCAGUGUCUACACUUCAACUGCCUGCUUGAUGGUGGGGUGAUGAAUCUGUCUGUCCCUGUGGUGCUUCCCGUGUCCACGGAGGACAAACAGCGGCUAGAGGGAAGUGCGGCCAUCGCCCUCGCAUACCAGGGGGUGAAAGUCGCUGUGCUGCGUAAUUUGGAGUUCUUUCCGCACCGCAAGGAGGAGCGCUGUGCCAGGCAGUGGGGCACCACCUGCAAGGAACACCCCUACAUCAAGAUGGUGCUACAGAGUGGCGAUUGGCUAGUGGGCGGUGACUUGGAGGUGCCGGAGCGAAUCCGCUGGGGUGACGGUCUUGACGAGUACCGACUGACGCCCGCUGAGCUGCGCACAAAGUUCCGUCAACUCAACGCCGACGCGGUCUUCGCCUUCCAGCUCCGCAACCCGGUGCACAACGGGCACGCGCUGCUGAUGAGCGACACGCGGCGACGCCUGCGUGACCGCGGGUACCGCUCCCCCGUGCUGCUGCUGCACCCGCUGGGCGGCUGGACCAAGGAGGACGACGUGCCGCUGGCCUGGCGCAUGCGGCAGCAUGCCGCACUCAUGGAGGACGGCGUCCUGGACCCGCUCACCACCGUGCUCGCCAUCUUCCCCUCGCCCAUGAUGUACGCCGGGCCUACGGAGGUUCAGUGGCACUGCCGCUGCCGGAUGGUUGCCGGAGCGAACUUCUACAUCGUGGGGCGAGACCCAGCGGGGAUGCCUCACCCUGAGAGCGGAGUGGAUCUCUACGACCACUCACACGGAGCUAAGGUACUGACGAUGGCUCCUGGCCUCACGUCGCUGGAGGUGAUCCCCUUCAGAGUGGCUGCCUACAACACGGCCACCCGGCAGAUGGAGUUCUACGACGCUGAGCGCCAUGCCGAGUUUGACUUCAUCUCCGGCACGCGCAUGCGUAAGAUGGCGCGUGAGGCGGUGGACCCUCCGGAGGGGUUCAUGUCCACGCGUGCCUGGAGAGUGCUCACAGAGUACUACCGCUCCUUAGACAAAGACUAGAGACACACACAGACACACACACAGACACACGGAUACACAUACACAGACACACACACAGACACACACACAACAACAACAACAACUCCAUUCGCCACUAAGUGGCGGUGACGUCACCACGACG